AUGGCUCGCUCUCUCGGUGCCCAUGACGAUAUCGCUAUCGCUGAAAUCGUGGUCUACACAUUUCUCCUGUUUGGCGCCCUCUUUCUCUGCAAAACCCAUGGCUUCUCUCGAAACUCCGGAUGGUUUUACAUCAUCAUCCUCUCUCUCGCCCGACUCAUUGGCUCAUCGAUGCUUCUCGCUACUAUCAACGAUCCCGACAACACAAACCUCUACAUUGGCUGGAUUGUCCUCAAUGGUCUCGGUCUUGGACCAUUGAUCCUUAUCCUACUGGGUCUUCUUGAUCGUCUCUUCAACACCAUCAAGAGCCAAGGAGGCGCUGGCAUCAAUGUUCUCUAUCAGCGUGUUGUACACUUGUUGAUGCUCGUUGCCGUCAUUCUUAUCUCUGUUGGCGGUGCCAGCUCCAGCUAUACUCUCGAUGGUGCCUCGCCCACCAUCAAGUACAGCACCGAGAGCAAACUCGGCGUUUCUCUUAUGAUUGUUGUUCUGGUGCUGGUCAUUGGCCAGUUACUCUUCGCUCUUCGCAACCAGUCCUACAUUGUUGAUGGCGAACGUCGAAUCCUCAUUGCCGUUGGUGCUUCGUUGUCAUUUGUUAUCGUCCGACUUGCCUACACCUGUACUCUCAUUCUGGGUGGCCACAAGCAGGACGUCUGGAUUUAUCUCGGUGCCGGUGUCAUUAUGGAGAUCGCCGUGGUCAUCAUCUGUGAGGCCAUUGGUUUCACUCUCCACAAGGUUCACAAGCCUGUGGUGAGUGAAGAGGCAGCAAACAAGGCCACUUCCGGAGCAUGA